UUUAUUUUGAAUAUCUAUGGGUCUUCUAUUUUUACCGACACUUGUCCACCCCUGGGAAUCAGACAAGAUAUGCGAUUGUUUCUGGAAGUGAGAAGUUAUGUCAUUUCGAAGAUUAAUUACUUCAUUGGCUAUUUCGUUGGUAGCGACCAAUAAUGCAGCAUGAGAAUCUUUCAGAUCAUUUGUCUCCGGUAACCUUUGUGAUUGGGUGUGGAGGUGAGAGGUUACGUCAUUUCGUAGCGCGGUCAAUUCAUUUGUUAUUUCAUUGUUUGCCGCCAGUAAAGCUGCAUGAGAAGCUUUCAGAUCACCCCUCAAUUAGUUCGUUAGAUACUUUUUUUAACAACAACGACAACAGUCGGGAAAAGGGAUCAAGCAAGGUUUCCAUUUGUUCUCUCUUAAUUUCCAUGUGCAACUGGUCAAGGAGUUUUCGGCCUUUCCACCUCGUCCUUUGAGUACGCAAAAGAGCACAGGACGCUAAGGCAAAACGCAAUCGGCAUAAACGCCUUUUUAUGUGAUUCUGAUCAAAUAACAACAAACAAAACAUCAGAAGGAACAAAUUUUGAGCAAAUCACAACCUUCAGAAUAGACACUCAGUUAUCGGCAAGCAGAUAACUAACUUGUCUGUGGGUUGUGCUCAUUUCCAACGAGAACAUCGGUCGUAGAGUAAGUACAAUCACCACAAUCACCACAAUGUAUUAUACAAAUGUUAGUUUAUGCUACAUAUUUACUCUCACCCUGGCCACCUCAGUAUUUGGCUAAGCUAGAUGGGGCCGGUGACGUGAAAUUUGUUGAGGCUGACAAUUGCUUUGAAAUAUUCUCUCGGAAUUUGCAGUCAAAUUUCUUCCUUCAAAACCAUCCUCUCUGCAGGACCUUUAUCUCUAAAGCAAGCAAAAUCGUUUGCUCGCUCUGGCCACAUUUUAUCACGUUUUAUCUUAAUUAUUCACACUUUAUUUUUUGUCGUUAUUUUCUCAGUAAAACCAUCGUUCAAUAAUUCAUGGCUAAUGGGAGAAUAUCUUCGUAAAACCCUUCGCCCUAACCCAAGCUAAAUCUGGCUAUCUCAAGAUUUUUUUCUCCUUUUUCUUGUUCAUUCGUAGAUGGUGACCUCCUCACUUUUUAUACUUUUGUUGCUGCAAAUGAGAAUCGAAAAGGUAAUAAUGUAUUUAAGAGUAUUGUAUUGUGAUUUUGUGCUGGGUUCCAUUUUUCCUUUUCCAAACAAUCUUACUUUCGUGAGUCAGUGUUGUAGUGUUGGACAAGUGCCCAAUUGGCACACAUUGGGUCAGCUAUAGGAAAAUAAAGACACCCUUAAUUUUAUGGUAAAUAAAUGCGAACCACAUUACAUGCAUAUGUGGACAAGAAAUUGAACUGAUAACCCUUUGUACAUUAUACAUGCACCCUUUCAAGACAUAUAAAAGACUAAACGAUCACUUAACUUUGUUGGAAUGCAAGAAAUAGCCUUCUAUUUUUAUUUGCAUCACUCUAAUUCGUCGAUUAAUACACUAUAUUAUUUUACGUGUUUAUAGACUGAAUCAGUUACGAUGGAAAAUGUGAAAGCGAUAUGGAAUCGAUACAAAAUGGUCACUCAAGGAGAUGUAAGGGAAAGAAAUUUUCGUAAGCAUUAACAGUGAGAUUGUGUUCUGUUUGUCACUUGAUUUUUCACCGUAUUAUAGGACGAAAAUGAUGAAAAAGAAAAGCACAAUGAACCUCUUCCAAGGGGCAAAUCGGGGAAGGCUUUUUGAGUGGGGAAGGGGUCCUCUUAAAAAAUUAACCCUAACCCCUUAACGAAAGCCUUCUUAGUCAUACGCCCCCUCAUCCCUAGCUGCAUCCCUCCAAAAAAAAGUAAACGAAUUAAUGAAUACUAGUAUGUAAUUAUAAAUGUUUGAAUGAUGGAAUCUUCAGAUAAAGAGAAAAAAACUAAAAAUCAAAAUUCAUUCAGACAUGACUCAAUACGUUUCUAACCCCUCCGCCUAUCUGUGCGUAAUUCCGUUUCUGUAGGGCCGCAAGCUGUAUCUCCUUUUUCAUAAAAUCGAGAAAACAGAAAAAAACGCUCAUGAUAGAUCCAUAAAGAACUAAAAUUUUGAUGCAUGAAGUUAGCUAGCGAUGCUUUAUUUGACUUUUUUCAAGAGCACUUACUAUGGAAAAUACCCUGGCGGCGGAGCAUGCGCCUUAGACCCGCCAUCACCGCUGAACAGUCAGCCCGGAUGGAUCAUGGUGGCAGCUGGAAAAUAUGACUACCAGAAGUCCGUUGGGUGCGGCAUGUGCAUCGAAAUCACAGCCAAAGGAGAGCAAACGAGCCCUGAAACUGGUGGGCCCACGCCUAUGAAAGGCACCUACAAGGCUUAUAUUGUAGAUCUAUGUGGAGGCUGUAAUCAAGGUUUGUUUUUCUCCUGUAUGAAGCAAUAUCUUAAGGAGCAAUCAUUACAUUGACCAAAAAAGUUUACUGAUUCUGAAUGUUUUUCAUUCAUCCUUUGUUGUUUCUGGCGAAGAGGAGUAGGCGAGCGUGUGAUUAUCCUGAUUAAAUUCAGAAGUUAGCAUCGAUGGCUUAAAAUAAUGGUUUUAUUGUCCAAAAACUGUUAAGUCAAUCUACGAAAAAAGAAACUCUUGAGGGCGUGUCUUUCGAAACUACUUGUAUUAAGGAGGCUAUGAUUCUUCAUUCGCCUUAUGAUAAACUGGCUUUUUCUCCAGCUGGCUUUGAUCUCUACAUUAGUGGUUAUGGCAAAUACAAGACCUCCUUUAAAGCAGUUUCAUGCCCUAGUGUACCUGGUCAACAAGGGAAUAUUCAAUUCCGUUUCACCGGUAGCAACCCUUGGUCCAUUAAACUACAGGCUCGAAAUUCCAAGUAAGUCACAAUGAUGUUGUAAGAGGGGAACCACACCCACAGUAACUAAUCUUUCCGUAAGUGCUUUUUAAGUUAAACACAAAACAGGGGCUUAGUUAGUGGUUCCUGGCUUGCCCGUGCUCCACCUCCCUUUGUGAGAUAAUUGUUUUAAAUGUCCCUAUAUUUCAGGUGGCGAAAACGCCCGUACUAAAAGACAAAUUGACUGAUAAGCAGUGACACUAAAAUAGAGUAAUUUACGUUACGUGGAUCUUAACUCAGCAUUGCAACUAUUUUGUAGACUUGUCAGUUGCCCACGCUCACUGCUCAUCCGAAAAAAUCUCACUUUUAGUAAAACACGGUAUGGAUGUCGACAUGUCAAUCUGGUAAAGUACCCUGGGUUUGACACAGUGUGAUCCCCGGCCCCUUUUGAAAACUCCUAGCCACGCCCCUGCAAAAAUCUAAGGGAGAAAAAAAGUAAUGCACUCAAAAUAACCAUAUACAAAAUCUAAGUUAAUACCAAGAGCCCCGCUAGUUCCAUAUUUUCGAGCAGAUAGUCGCUUCAGUGUUGAACAUCUUGCAAGAAAACAGCUUCGGCGAAAAGGUUCCUCUUAUGAUAUAAUUUCAUGUUUUAAUUUGUCUUGCUCCAAUGGACUCAACUGUUUCCUUUCUCAAAAGGGUGGUGACGGUGGGCAUGGAGAUCGAGCACAACAACAAAUGGGUUUGUACGGGGAAGACGGAUGACAAUUACUUUUCCAUUAACGGACUGGGAGAGAUUAAGUUCCCAAAAAGAUUUCGAUUAACAAGCAUCAGUGGAGAGCAACUAGUAAGUGCAGUGCCUGGCAUUGCCAACAAUGAGAACAUCGCCACAGGCAUUCAAUACUCCGAUUUCAAUCCAGGUGAGAAAUCUAACUAUUAUAAUCAGUAAAUAUCGGCAAAUGGGUGAAUAGACCAAAUCCAGCACAGCCUGAGAAAACAGCCGCCACUGGUUUACUCGCGCCACGACGUCUGAGGAACGACUUCAGAAAUUCCAUACUGAUGUCGUGUCAUGGCCAGAUAUUGGUGGUCCUUCUGAUUGCUCGUAAUGCAGGAGAAAUUUGCUUUGUAACCAAUCAGAAGCACUAACCAGACCUAGUGUGGAAUUUCUGCCCUCGUCCCAAAAACGUCAUUUCGCGGGGAAACCAGUGGUGACGUUGCACAAUAUAAGCCGUUUUCUCAGGGUAAAAAUCCCAUUGCCAAGUAUUAUUUUUACUUAGUUCAUUCUUUCGUAGCCGUAGAUGAUAUUCUAGAUAAGCUUAGACACCCAAGCAUAGCUCUACGUAGACUUACACCGGCGGCUAUGCACAACCUCGUCCCUAGGGCUAGCCCUACGGACGAGGUUGGGCCAUACAUAACUAUGAUACCCAGUCUUUACUUACUCUGGUUUCAAGGGAGCUAUAUAUAUCGAUUUGAAGUUACUCUAACUUAAAGUAGAGAAUUCCAAGUGCAAAAAAAAAAACUAUAUAGACUGAUAGAUGGAAAAGAAGAAUAUCAGGUGAGUUCGUCAGCCUUCCUCAAAGUCAGGAUUAUUUUUUAAGAUGAUGUGUUUUGCUAUCCUAAGGCUACAACAUAAUCAGGCGAGAAAAAGCGAAAAUAAGCUACGAAAACAUGCAUGUCGACCCCUAAUACGUAAAUUUAGCCUAGCCUAACUGCGGAGCUCAUGGCCCUGUUAAAUUCUAAUCAUUUAGUGUUUAAAUUUUUUUAGUCAUUACCAUAUUUGGAGAGCAGGCGCAGCAACAACAGAUUGCAGCCUUUAGGUUACCGUAAGACUAUCACCAGAGAAUAAAAGCCUCUGACAUAGCUUAAGACCGGGAACCAAAUGAAAAAGUUUUCAACUGUUCGAUAAGCGGAUAACUUGAGAAAUUACGUAAACUUGAUGAGUAGGGUCAUGUGAUAUAGGUAAGCGGAUACAUCUUUUGACCACGGUCAAUUGAUAUGAAUAUAGAUUAAGAAUUAUUUAAACUACUCUUACUACAAAAAGAACAAUAGCAUCUUAUUCUCAUUCUAAUUAACAUUGCUUCCUUAUGUCUCUGGGCAGAUGAAUGAUCAACGGCUCCCAGCUCCUCAUUAUCACUAACAAUUUUUCCUCGAGCCCGAAUGGCCUGAGUCAAUAGUCCAUGACGCCGAAGGCCGAAUGGGCUAUUGGCUCAGACGCCAUGAGGGCGAGAGGAAUAAUUGUUUUGGUAAAAUUCAACUAGUUGGUCAAAAACAUCGAGACAAAACACCUUUAGCCACAGUUAAAGCUAGACUUUAAUCAUUUUUUGCCGCCAAAAAGCCGGCGCUUUUCGCUGCUAGUGGGCUAUAACAUAUAGCCUAGUAGUAGCUCAACCAAUCAAAACGCUGCGUUCGUAAUAAACCACUAGCUGGAUUUUACUAAUAUCUAGUUUGCCGCAAUAGUGGGAACUAUUUUUCAUAUAUUAUUGUUUUUUUUUCUUUUGUCUUUUAUGGCAGUUUUUUGUUGAAUUUGCACCUGCGGUUGGAAAGUGAUUGAACAUUUCUUCUCUCGUUUGCAGACAGUAAUCCUGAAAACAUUAAAUGCUUUGGACAAGCAGGGAAAACGGAACAACGUGAGUACCUUGUACAAAUCAUGUUUGUUAGAAUCAAUAAGAUUAGGCCAUGAGGGUAAUUUGUCUUGGAAUAACCUACAUCCUUUUAAUCCCUUAAACCCUAAUAGCAAAAUUCAAAUUUUCAUUUGUUUUCUCUAUAUGUUUUCAAUAGAAGCAGUGGGCAGAAUUUAUUGAAGUAUCAAUUAGAUUCAUCUUGUGUGAUCAGGCCCUCGAUUCUCAUGUUCAUGUUUUAUAAAGCAGUGAUAUUACAACAAGAAAUUUGGCGCGGAUCACUCUUAGGGCUGAAAGGGUUAAUCUUCUCAUUUUAGUUUAUUCACUACUAACACUAGUUUACCGUCAUUUACUGCCGCGAAAUGUACCUUUUUUUUGUUUACCUUAACAUUUGUCACAGCAACUGGUCCCAAUACUGGCCCAAGUCCCACGGCAGGAACUAAUCCCGAGCCAUCAUCAGUUGGUACCGUAAAGCCAUCUGGCAGUCCAGCUCCACCCAGUCCAGCUCCACCCAGUCCAGCUCCACCCAGUCCAGCUCCACCCAGUCCAGCCCCGUCUACCCUUCCUCCUUCCCAACCGGCGGGAGGUAGGUUUGUUCCAUUCUAAAUUCAAAAGGACCCCUUGCUCUACUUGAUUAAUUUUUAAAAGGAAAAUUGUCUUGAGAAUGUAGAGCCGAUUAAAGAAAUAUAUACGGGUACAUAUAUAAUCGGCUCAUGCAGCACCGCAUUCACCUUAUAUAGGGAAACUAACAGUAACACAGACUAAAAAGGUCGGUCUAGUCUUUUUCGUGGCUUGCUUGCUGUUAAGACAUCAGUCAAUACUGACUUUCAUUUAGGUGUACGUGCAAGUCAAUACAUAUUUUACAAUAACUGAGCGAAUCCUCGCGCGCUGAUUGGUCGAAGGCUAUGGUCUAUGAGAGUAGAGACCAUGGAAAUGUCGUAACAUGUCACGCAGUACCGGUGAUUUUGGUUUUUCGUAAAAACAAUUUUACCCCUCAACAUGGACAAAGAACCAAAUAUUAACAUAUGGAAAGAAAUUUCUGUGAAUGAGUUAGUGCUUGACGCUUCAAAGGUAGAGCAAAAAUACGAAAAACAACAAGAAAAAGUCGUCAAAACUUAGCAGUGAAACCACUCGCCUGCGGCUCGUGGUUCCACUUGAGUUUUUGAACAUUUUAUGACGUCAUUUCUAUGGUCUAUAAGAGUGUACAACAUGAAAAAUUGUGGUCGAUUUGUUAAAUAUAUUGUUUCGGAAUAUUUCAUUUCAGAGGACAAGAACUUUUGCAAAGGGAAAGCCACAGGGCUUUACGCUGAUCCAAAGGACUGUGGAAGCUUCUACCAAUGUGCAAACGGGAUAACAUACUGGAAGCAUUGUCCUAAAGGACUUCACUUUAACCCUAAAAUCCAAGUCUGUGAUUACCCACAAAGUGCAAAUUGCAAAAUUGAGGUAGUGUAA